AUGGACAGUGGGUUAAUAAAUGCUGUCUUAUUCAUUGAUUUAAAAAAGGCUUUUGAUACCAUUGAUCAUAACAUUUUACUACAGAAGUUAACUUGUUACGGUUUCAACAAAGAAGCGAUUGAUCUUUUUAGAAACUAUCUUUCUGAUCGUACUCAAAUAACAGUUAUUAACAACAUACGAUCUGAUACUCGUAAAGUAACAUGUGGAGUUCCUCAGGGGUCUAUCUUAGGUCCACUACUGUUUUUAAUAUACAUAAACGACCUACCUAAUAGUGAAUUGGUAUCAGAUGGGCGUUUAUUCGCUGAUGAUACCAACUUGACUUUUGCGGACAGCAACCCUGACAAGUUGAUUUCUGUUCUAAAUGACGACCUUAAAACUCUCCAAAACUGGCUAAACCAGAAUAAACUAAGCCUGAAUGCGAUUAAAACUAAAUGUAUGUUUAUGGCAUCUAGACAAAAAUUAAGUACUAUUCCUGAAGAACCUAAUAUUGCUAUCGCCGGAAACAAAAUUGAAAGAGUUAGAUCUUAUAAGUGUUUAGGUUUAAAACUGGACGAGAGUUUGACAUGGGAGCAUCAUGUUUCUACUAUAAUAUCCAAAGUCUCCAAGGUGAUUGGAGUUCUACGAAGACUAAAACCAUUGCUCCCACAGUCAACUCUUGUCAUGAUCUAUAACUCUUUAGCACAGCCUUACUUUGAUUAUUGUAGUAUUGUCUGGGAUAGCCUAGGUAAGGGUCUUGGACAAAGGUUACAGCGAUUACAGAAUAGGGCCGCAAGAAUUAUUACUGAAUCUGAUUAUAACAUCCGGUCAUCAGAUAUUUUAACAUCAUUGAAUUGGACCAACCUUGAAACCAGACGUACCCAACAGUUCAAAACUUUUAUGUACAAAACUGUUAAUAAUAUGGUUCCUAGUUAUUUGUCUGGAAAAUUUACUUCCACGUCAAUGAUACACGAACAUAGUUUGCGUGGAUCUAAUCAUAAACUUUUUGUACCAAGACCCUUAACGGAAUCCUUGAAGAAAAGUUUUUCCUACAGAGGAGCUACCCUCUGGAAUGACAUACCCGUCGAACUCACUAGAGUUCAAUCUCUCGUUGAGUUUAAAUCUAAAAUAUCUUAAUAUUUCUUUUUAUAUUAGUUUCUUUGCAUGUGUAGUUUGUUACCUUUGUAAAUAGUUUGAUUCUUUUUUAUUAGUAAUUAGUCAACUAGUAUAGGUACACGUCUCCAUUGAAGAGCACAUAACAUAACCUGUGAAAUGGACCUCGUGUUUUAAAUAAAGAUGUCAAUCAAUCAAUCAAUCAAAAUAGGGGAGCCAGACCUCACACUUUUCUUUAUAGGACCAAUCUUGUAACUCUAUUAAAACUGAGGAGAAACUGGUGGCGCUGGCGUAGCCUCUUAGUGUUUGCAUCUAGGACAUAAAAUAUACCAAAUCUGUGACUUUCAGAUGAUAGAAUGCAUGAAAUAGCAUUUUACAGACCCUAAAAAGAGAAAUAUAUUUGUGGGACCAUGCCAUUGGACGCUGGCUACGCCCGUGCAUAGAACAUCUUACAAAAUAUUAUUAUUCUCUUAUUAGGAUGAACAAAAUUGUAACAAGAGCAGAUCGCCAAAUGGAAUUAAUGAGGAUUUUAAAAGAUGGAAUUAUUGUUAA